AUUUCUUCUUCAUUCAAGCACUCUACGCCUCUCCUACAGUCCUCCUGCGACGGCCACAGUGGCAGGCUACACUAUAUAAAGGCCAGUAAAUAACGAUGUCGAAUAUUAUAACAUUGACCCCUACCCAACUCCACUUCUUCCAGCCAGUUCCAAGCAAUACCUGAAAAUGUCUAAUGACAAAAAGACCCCCUCUCAAUUGAUGGUCCCAGCACCCUACACCCCUACUCUACCAAACGAGCUGUGGGUACAGUGCUGGAAGGAUUGCAAGUCCGAGGAGCUUCAGAAGCUAUCCACCGUUUCCCGCUUAUUCCGUGAAAUAUGCAGCCCUCUCUUCUUUCACGACCAAAUAUUCGAAGCUCCGUCGUUGAUAUACAUUCAACACGACCAAGAAGAGUGUCAGGUACAAACAGAUCGUCUACGUCAUUUUUCUGAUUUUGUUUGCAAUCCGCAAACAUUAAGGGAGUUUCCACCAGCGAAAAUGGUUCGAACAUGGCAAUUCCGUGGCGGAAUUUUCCAUGACU